UAAUCCGAACCGACACCAAGCCGACGUGCACCUGCUCGCUCGGCAAUGUACCAUCGCCGAUCACUUUCGCGAGUGCAGCAGGGUGCGGUGUGGUCGGUCAAAUUCUCCCAUUCGAUGAUAACAAUUCGGUUUCAGUCAGACAUUGGGAUCUCCGUUUUCUGUGCGUCUGUCAGCUCACCACUUGGAGUUCAGGAAUUGAGAUCUCUGUUUUCUGGUGGCUUGAUGUAGCCAUUUCUACCACAGCCCUCUCACUUCACAACAACUUACUCAAGCCUCACUCUGGUUCUGCAGGCAGAUCGGCACUAGUGAUCCUCUAAGACGGGACGGACAGCCGGAACUUGCUCCCGCUUAGCUGGAUUUUCACGUUACUUGGCGAGAUACCGGAAAUUCCUAUCGUUGAAUUUAUUGACAGUUUGUUAACAGUUUGCUGAGGCCGUCUGACGUUAUCUGCGCUGACGCGGCUCGUCAUCAUGGGGAAGGCGGAGGUUAUUUCGAACGUCUUGCUAGCUGGACUAUCCGUGGCUCCUCUCUUUGUGAACAUCAACCCCAAUUUCAAUGUCGUCGCGAUGGCUUCGCUAACCGUUUUCGCCGGUUGUUAUCGCUCCGUCAAGCCGUCCGCGCCAGCUGAGACGAUGUCCAAGGAGCACGCCAUGCGGUUCCCCAUCAUAGGCAGUGCUGUGCUCUUCUCGCUCUUCCUACUCUUCAAGUUCCUCCCAAAGGACCUCGUCAACAUGGUGCUCAGCGCCUACUUCGUCUUCCUGGGCGUCAUGGCUAUUGGCGCCUACUUCGUCUUCCUGGGCGUCAUGGCUAUUGGGGCCACAAUUCUUCCUCUUGUGUCGCGAUUUGUGCCGGCCAAGUGGAAUGAGGAUAUUUUCUACUGGAAGGCGCCGUAUUUUAAAGACUUCGAGAUCGAGCUGACCAUGGCUCAGGCGGUGGCGGGCAUUCCCAGCGCGGCGUUCUGUGUGUGGUACGUGACGCGCAAGCACUGGUUCGCCAACAACGCGCUCGGCCUCGCCUUCUCCCUGCAGGGCAUCGAAAUGCUCUCCCUGGGGUCCUUCAAGAUCGGAGCCAUCCUGCUGACGGGUCUCUUCUUCUACGACAUCUUCUGGGUCUUCUUCACCCCGGUUAUGGUCUCUGUGGCCAAGUCAUUUGACGCGCCCAUUAAGCUGCUGUUCCCAACUGGUGACCUCGCCAGGCCUUUCUCCCUGCUGGGACUUGGCGACAUUGUCAUCCCUGGCAUCUUUGUGGCCCUCGCUCUGAGGUUCGAUGUCUCCCGGGGAACUGGUCCGCGUUACUUCAUCUCCACCUUUGCUGGUUACGUUACUGGGAUCGUUACCACCAUUUUCGUUAUGAACUACUUCCAAGCUGCUCAGCCUGCGCUGCUCUACAUUGUUCCCGGAGUUAUGGGUUUUCUAUUCGUCCACUGCGCAAUUCGAGGAGAACUCAAGGAGCUAUUGGCUUAUGAAGAGUCUGGGGAUGGUGAUCAGGAUGGUGAGGUCACUGAAAAGGAGGGCGAGAAGUCGUCAAGCACACCAGCUGCUUCCACGGAAAAGGCUGGGAAAGCUGAUUGAUUCUUCACUAUUGUAUUGGUUGUUUACAAAUAAUAUAAUAAGCAUCCUUGAUUUACGAAAGUAUCUUCAGCUGUCUUUGAUGAUUAAUCAUUCCACAUAAUGAGUUGUGUACCAGGUUAUGCGAAAUAUUUACCAGA